AUGGCAACUACCCAUAAAGUCGUUCUAGUCCCAACUGUUGCAGCAGUUUCUACUCAAAAACGAAUUCUUGAAUCAGAUCCUCAAUACCGUGUUAAAAUAGAAAAGGCUGAACGUAAAAUAGAACGUGCAAUGCCCCCAUUUUUAAUGCUUGAUUCUCCUGAUAUGGCUGCUAGAUUUAGGGCUAUUCAAGAUGCCCAGAAAUCUAGACUUCACCAAAUUGCAGCUGCCUCGUCUUCCUCGACCCAUCAUGCAAAAUUGUCAACGUCAUCAUCAUCUUAUUCUUAUUCUUCUUCUUCUUCUUCUUCUAAGGUACCCCCGCUUUGUGAUCCUGCACAAGGCUGGACAUUUAACGAUGCAUUACGCAAUAUGGACCGCAAUAGGUACACAAAUAUUCUUCCUUUUAACAAUAACCGGAUUCAUAUUGCUGUUGUCCCUGGAGGUAACGAUUACAUUAAUGCAUCCCUUAUCACUCUCGACCUCAAUGUUAAUCCAUUAACAAAACAACUCCAAUCAUCCAGAUUGCAUUCUUCUCCUUCUUCUUCUUCUUCUUUUUCUUCAUCUGCACCUUCCCCAUCAUCAUCAUCAUCUUCUUCUUCUUCUUCUUCUUCUUCUGCCUCCUCAGGCCAAGCAAUCGGACCCAAACAAUACAUUGCAACUCAAGGUCCUACCCGCUCAACCGUCCCUCAUUUUUGGCAUAUGCUUUACUCUCUAUCAGAGUACUCUAAACAGUUCCAUUCUGAUACAAUGGUUGUGCUCAUGCUUACUCCUCUCACUGAAAAUAAAAGAGAAGCUUGUGCAUCUUAUUGGCCAAGAGUCCCAGGAUCUGUCAUUGAACUUGCUGCAGAUCCAUCAAACUUUCCUUUAGAUUUGAAAAUUGUAUGCAAUACUGUCACCAAGCAUGAUCCCAAAGACUCUAAAACUGCUUCUGCUUCUGCAUCUGCAUCUGCAUCUGCAUCUUCUUCAUCUUCUCUUAAACGACCAAGAUCAAUGUCGUCUUCCCUCUCAAAUCCUCAUCUAGCAGCAGAACUCUCAAACGGAUCCUCAACAUCAACUUCAACCUCUUGUUCAUCUGCUUCUUCUUCAUCUUCUUCCUCUUCCACGUCAUCCUCUUCUUCUUCCUCUUCUUCUUUGCCUACAACUACUUUCCCAUACACCCAUUCCGUGCUCUCACUCACUUGCCCCCAUGAUGGCCGCACUAAAACAGUACACCAUUUAUAUGUUGAUUCCUGGGUUGAUUUUGGUGCUCCUACAGCCGACCAUGAUAUUGCUGGGCUUGUUGCUGCAGCCAAUGCAUUGCUUCCAGCUGCUGGGAAAAUGCCGCUCGUUGUCCACUGCUCCGCAGGUGUUGGAAGAACUGGUACGUUUGUUGUCAUUGACUACAUGCUGACGCGAUCAAAACUCCUGGCCCAGUCUUAUGGAUACCCUUACCCUCCAACCACACCACGAUCCAACCCUGUGUCACCUAGCUCCCCUGAUGACGCAGUGGCGUUGGCAGCUGCUGCUUCUGCUUCAGCUGCUGCAACGGCAACAGGGUUUGGUUCCAUGCAGACCCCUACAAAUACUCAUAUUGCACUGGUCCCACCAGGCUCAGAUCCUAUUUAUGAGCUGGUGUCACAAUUGCGGUCUCAACGCAUUGAAAUGGUUCAAAAUAAAACUCAAUAUCAGUACAUUUAUGCCAUUGUAAAGCGUGCAUUUUGGACCAGGCAAUGGCUUUCUGCUCUGAGUAAAAUUGCAAAGUAA